AUUUUCCUUUCGUGACAUCAGUUCCUUCAACCGGCGACAACCAAAGCGAGGGCUUAGGUCCUUCGCUAGGGUUUGCGAAUCCGCCAUUGCCCAUUGCUAUAUGUUUAUGCUUGUUACAACUACUUUUUGCUUCUACAAGCUUCAAAGUUCUUACUUUUGUGCUUUCCCUUUGAACUCGAUCCUUUUGAAAGACUCAUGUUCCAUGUGUUCUCGGUACCUGAUUCGAAGUUCAAAGCUUGCUUGAAUUUGCAUCUGGGUGUUGACAAUUCUGAAGCUUUCAGGGGAAAGAUUUGAUUGUUUGUUGAGAUUGUUUUUGCCCCAAAAUAAAGUCAAUUACGAAGAAAUUAUUUGAUCUCGAGCAAGGUUUUGCAAAUUCUUAUGUUCGAGUUUGAAGUGAUGGAGGGCAUAUGAUUGGAAGAACACUGAGGAUCCUGAGGGGGUUCUUCUCUGAAGUUUUACAAUGUCGUCUGCGGAUAGUCAGGGCCCCUCAACACCUUUUUCCUCCAUUGGCCGCUCAUUAUUUGGUAUCCGGCGGGAGCAGGUUCAUUCUGUGGAAGUGAGUCAUGAAUCCAGAUCCCAUGAUACAGGGCUUGAAUCAUUCCAGAAGCAGGUUACAGAUAGAUUCCAUGAACUUUGUGGGGUCAGUGAUGAUGAAGUGCUCUCUAUCCAAUGGAUGCUGAAGCUCCUGGAUGCAUUUGUCUGCUGCCAAGAGGAAUUCAGAGCUAUUCUGCUGAAUAAGAAAGAGCAGGUCUCAAAACCCCCUCUUGAUCGGAUAAUUUCUGACUUAUUUGAGAAUUCAGUAAAGGCACUUGAUAUUUGUAAUGCAAGUCGUGAGGGGAUUGAGAAGAUUCGUGUGUGGCAAAAACAAGUGGAGAUUGUCAUGUCUGCCUUGGAUUCUAAAAAGAGAGCAUUAAGUGAAGGCAUGUUUCGGAGAGCAAGAAAGGCACUGAUGGAUUUGGUACUGGCAAUGCUUGAUGAGAAAGACACUGGAUCUGCCUUUUCACAACGCAACCGAUCCUUUGGGCGUCAUAACACAAGCAAAGAUAAGCAUCAUCACUCAGGGCAUUCUCGAUCUCAUUCUUGGAGUGUAUCUCGCUCCUGGUCUGCAGCCAAGCAACUGCAAUCCAUUGCAAAUAACUUGGUGCCUCCUCGUGCAAAUGAGAUUGCUGCAACAAACGGUCUUGCUAUUCCUGUGUUUACAAUGUACUCUGUUCUUCUGUUUGUUAUGUGGUCUCUAGUUGCAGCGAUUCCUUGUCAGGAUAGGGGUCUGAAUGUCCAUUUCUCAAUCCCCCGGCAGUUCUCAUGGAGCACUCCCUUAAUCUCACUUCACGAACGAAUCUUGGAGGAGUCUAAGAAGCGUGAACGCCGGAACUCAAAUGGCUUGUUGAGGGAGAUAUAUCAAGUGGAGAAAUGCACCCAACACUUGACAGACUUGGUGGAUUCAGUCCAGUUUCCAUUGACAGAGGAGCAGAAAUUGGAAGUUGAACAGCUUACAGAGGAGUUAAACUUGAUUUAUGAAUCUUUUAAAAAUGGUUUGGAUCCGCUGGAGUGCCAUGUGAGGGAAGUUUUCCGGAAGAUCAUGACUUGCAGAACUGAGGGGCUUGAAUACUUGAGUAUGUCAGGCUAUAGAGAGUAAAGAAAUUGGUGAACGGUUACAGAGGAGGAUCAACUGUACAAAUUUGUGAAGCGUACACAUUUUGUAUCUUGCUUUUUGGAAGGAGGAAGAGAUACCAAUGCGUUUAGAGUAUAAACUAUUUAGCUGCCUUGUAUUUAUCUCAGUACUUGUGUGAAAGAACAUAAUGUUCCUGAAUUUCUCAUGCCUUAUUUUCUCAUAUGGUUUAUGUCUUACACUUGCACUGGACUUGGUAUAUUUGUAAUACAGUAAAUUUACAAUGAGAAAAAAGAAAAUAUAUUUAUGGCCUU